GCACUUAUAUACGACUAUAUAUAGAUAUAUUUUCAUGUCCAUACACAUUAUUUCCCAACACAUAUAUGGACUAGAAACUAAAUCUGAGCGGAUUCGUCUCGCCGUUUAAAAUUGAACACAGAAUUGAUGAAAGGAACUAAGAACCAUUAAACCCUAGAGUUAGAAGCUUUUUCAUUGUUUUUCGACGAUGGAGUAAUAUAUUCAACAUGCGCUAUGAUUGAGUAACAUAUUCAAAGUAUGCAUCGUUGUAUUUUUUCUGUUGAAAUUAUUAUUAGGACUAUUAUUUCUGGGAAAUACUCCUUGACAUUAUAAUCAUGUCGAAGCUAAUGGAGGAGGACGGGGAGAAGAAGGGAACAUGGAGUACGUGGGAAGAGCUGUUAUUGGCGUUUGCUGUGAAGCGACACGGGCUCAAGGACUGGGACUCCGUCGCCAUGGAGCUUCGCUCUCGGAGCUCAUUACCGGACCUACUCACGGCCCAGGUUUGCGAAGAUAAGUACAGAGGCCUCCAUCGCCGCUUCAUGAACAGCGACGAUUUGGCUGUGUAUAAGGAUUCCGGCGGGGACAUCAACGCCGCUGCCACCGCCGUUGAUAUUCCGUGGCUGGAGAACUUGAGACAGCUCCGUGUUUUAGAGCUGAAACAAGAGGUCCAACGCUACGAUAUAUCGAUCCAGUAAAUCUAUCGCUCUGUUAUUAUCAUUUUUGAAGCAGAAAUGGUGCGCUAUUUUUCGUAUGUUUACGGAUCUGAUAAGAGUUUUGAUCUCUGUUUUAAACAGGACGCUGCAACAGACAGUGAAGCGGAUGGAGGAAGAAAGAGACCACAGCAAGGACACCAGAAACGAUGCCGUGGAACCAGAUCUGGAAGAGGAUAGAAACGAAACGAGAUCGGAAAACGUAGAGAUGAGCGGCGGCGAUAUGGAGACCCCGGCGAAAGCGUCCGGGAGAUCUGUUUCAGUUGCGGAGUCCGAGCACGAGAAUCGGUCGUUCAACGAGUCAAAUUCAACUGAGAAAUGGGAAGCGGAAGAGAAAAUUGAACCGGAGCCGAACGAGGGAGGAGUGGUUAAACCGGAUCCAGAAACCAAACCGGUCGUGAAUGAGGAUUCCUGCAAUGCUAGUUCCAAUAGGUGUGAGGAGUCGAACCGGACUGAGGAUGGGAAAUCUGAAAUUGACUUGGCGGAAGGGGGCCGCGACGCUUUAGGCGCGUCGAAGGAGAGCAGCGACGUUCAAAGCACCGCAACUUUGACUAAGAAGCGGCGGAAACGAAGCGACGCCCUCGGCGGCGGAGGACGAGAGGGUGGAAAUGUGACGGAGGCGGCGGUUUUGUCUUCCGACACGGAAACAAAACGGGAGAGUGCGGUAAAAUCCGAACCGUUUGAUGGGUUGUUAGAUACGAUAAGAUCGCGUAAAAAUGCAUCAAUGUUCGAACGCCGGCUCGAUAGUCAGGUAAUGUUCAUCCGCAUUUUUUAUUUCAUUGAUUAAAAAAGUAUGGUUUGCCAAAACCUACUGCCCAUUUUGACCGUUACAGCCACUCAAAAUACUCCGUACCAAAUAAGAAAUGAAAGCCCAAAAAUAUAGCAAAAAUAACACCCUCAAUCGUGAAUGUAAUUUUUUACGAAAACCGUGUGUAUUUACGUAUUCACUAUUUUCAAAAUUUUUAAAGUUAUCACUCCUCUUUUUAAAAUAUUACUCCGUACUGUACUAUACCGUCUAUAUUAUUUUUAUUUUAUUUUAUGUAUAUAAAACUUCAACAGCACGCCCUCACAAAUUAGGUUUUAUACAGGUAAUGAGAGGCUAAUAAAUAAUUUGAAUGUUGUUGAACAUAAUUAGAGUAUAUGAAAUUAUCAAAUUUUGUAUACACUUCUCACCAAAAGUAUGACUUUAAUUUCAAUUGUAGGUUGGUAGUUUUUCCCUGACGAAGAUUCUGUCUACCAUAAUGAGAUUAUUAGAGGACAACAAAUAUCAUCUUAUUAACCGUUCCGCUAGAAGAUUUCCAUGAACGGUUUACGAUGCUUUACUGACGAUAAAGCAACUUAAUCCUUGCUCAACCUCUGAUUAUUUUUAGUAAAUAAAACUAACAUAUUCAGAAAUUACAUUAAAACUGCUACAAAACCUGAUAAAAAAAUGUGAAUUUGAUAAAAAUUUGAUUUAUAAAGUAAAAGAUUAAAAAUGAUUUAAGUUGACCAUGAGAAUAAUGGACGGGAACCUUCUAAUGGGACGGAGGUAGUACUUUGUAGUACUCCUUUCAUCUCUUAAAACUUUGUCAAGUUUGAUCGACAUGAGGAUUAAUUAGUAAAGUAAAAAAUUGUGUGAUUUAAAUUUGUGCAGAGAAGUGUGAAUAAUUGGAACCACAAUUUUUUUUCACUUAAAGGGGAAAUUGACAAAGUUUUUAGAGUCCGGAAGUAGUUUUUAGAAUGUUUUUAUCUAGAUUUACAAAAGUCGCAAAUUAGAUGAAACUAGACCAAAUUAAAUUUAAACAAGUUAAAUCAUGCCAGACUUAAAAUGAUCAAAUUAGGACAAAUCAGAUUUUAAUAGAUGCGAAAUACACAUCUAUCAGACAAAAAAAAAUUGUCAAUUUAAAACAUACUCCAAAUUUAAACACGUAUAAUAUAUCUAUCACACUACAAAUUUUCGAAAUCAUAAUACUGGCUCCAUAUAUUACGGAGUAUAUUAUAAAAAAUAAUUAACUGAAAUGUUGCCAGUCAAUAAUAAAAAAUGGUAUUGAAGAUUGCUUACUAUUUGUAAAUGUAAAAUAUAUGUAGUACUACGUCGUAUUAUUUAUUACUAUCGUACUUUUUAUGAAAAUUCAUUCGUCUUAGAGUAAAACAUAAACAAAAUGUUCAAGUAGGAGUAAUUUUGUGUUAUUAUCAAAAUAUGAUUUACUAUAGAAAUAAGAUAAUAUAAUUCCUAUUUGACCCUUUGAGGAAUUGUCUCUAUUUUCCAUUCUUAAUUUCGCAUUAGUUAAACAAUUACUUACCACGUAUGAGCUGAAUGUAUCCACUCGAUUGAAUUUAAAAAUGUUGCGCAGUUGAUUAGGAAGUGUUUAUACCGAGUAGCUUAUAGGAGUAUAUCAUUAUCAUACUCCGUAGUACUUAGGGCCUAUUGAGGUGUUUGUAACUGAUUCUGCUUCUUUUUUUAAAGUAGAAGCAGAAUCAGAAUCAGUUUUCAGAAGCUGGUACCCCUCAGCUUCUAAAAAAACUGAUUCUAGGAGUAAAUUAGAGUAUCAGAAUCACUUCUUCAUUUUCACCCAAACACUCCAACUUCUGCUUCUGCUCCAUGAAGGAGCAGAAGCAGUUAAAAAUUAGAUCUAAACACCCCCUAAAUGUGGAAGCAAAACAGCCAAAUAGGUAACCAGUCCAUAAUAUACUAGUAACUGCUAACAGACCCGACCCAAGUUAUGAAUUAUGAUGGGCCGAAUGUAACACUUGGAGGAAAAAUGUACUGCACAUCUUAUGAGGUCGAUACCAUUAAUGUGUAAUUUAAUUUCGAAAAGAAGUUUUCCCUCUUCGAAAUGAUUAUUCUCACUCUUCGUAACUAUUUUAUUUUUUUCAAAAACCUUAUUAUUUUAAGUUUUUUAGUUACCAUCUUAGAUUUUAAAGAUAUUUUUUUCUCUUUUGAAAUAUUUCAGAAUCAAGUAAAUUCUAUGUACCGAGUAAUUUUUUAGUUAUUUGCCCUUUCGAAAUUAUCUGUACAAACUUAUUAAUCCACUUUGCCAAGUAUUUUAUUCUCAAUAAAAACAUAUCCUUUCCUUUCAUUUUAUUCUUUAUUCUAUAAUUUUUUCCCUUAUUGUCUUUUCUGAGUAUUAUAAAUAGUACUCCGUAUUAAAAAUUGGUGUCUCUUACUGCAACACACAACUUAUGAAAAAAUAAACAUUUUCAUAAAAAACGAAUUGUGAAAGUAAACAUUUAUUAAAGAUUAAUUUAGAAAAAUGGCUAUAUAUUUUUGUCUAGUCAAAAUGACAGUAUAUCUUUUUUUUGAAAGAAAAAUGAUACUCCGUAGUAUAUUAUACUCCCUCCGUCCCCUAAAAUUUUGACAAGUUUGACCGACACAUGGAUUAAUAAAGUGAAAACUGUAUGGUUGAGAGUUGUGCAGAGGAGAGAAUUAAUUGGAACCACAAAUUCUUUACUUAAAAGGGAAAGUGACAAAGUUAGUGGGACAUCCAAAAAAGGAAAGUUGACAAAGUUUUAAGGGACGGAGGAAGUAUAAAACGGAACAUGAAGAGUAGUAAAAUAAAAAUCAUAGACAUACUACAAUUAUUAUUAAAAUACUCCCUCCGUCCCAUAAAAUAAGUCUUAUUUUCUUUUUUGGGCCGUCCCAAAAAAUUGUUCCCAUUUCCCUUUUUGGAAAGUUUUGUGUGGCUAACAUUCAUUUACAUUUUUCUUACUCAACCACAACCAUACAUUUCCACUUUAUUCCCACUUUCUUAAACUCCGAUCCAAGUCAAAGUGGGACUAAUUUUCCGGGGCGGAGGGAGUACAACGUAUUAUUCAUUGUUAGCACAAUAUAAAAAAUAAACAUAAUACCUACCAUAAUUGAUUAUCUUUUCAUUUAAUUAUUCCCUUUUCAAAGAAACGCUGUCCAAUCGUAUAUCCCCAAAAAAACAUUCAUUCAUUCAUAAAAAAAUUGUAUUUAGUGGCGUUGACUGGUUAAUUGGGUGUGGAAUUGGGCAUGCACACGUAAUGAGUCAGAAAAUAAUGGGCUAAUAAAUUGAUCCAAACGUGACCCAUCUUCCUGCAGAAAACAGAUAGGUACAACAGUAUGAUCCGGAGACACGUGGACUUUGAAACGAUUCACUCCCGAAUUGAUAACGGGUCAUAUUCCGGAUGCCCCAUAAAGUUCUACUCGGAUCUCUUAUUGUUAUUCAACAAUGCCAUCAUCUUCUUCCCCGUCUCAUCUCCCGAACGAACAGCCGCCGCACAACUCCGGCGCAUUGUCAAUAAAGAGCUCAGAAAUAACAAAAUCUCAUCACCCAAACCACUCCCUUCUUUAAAGCCUCAACCCGUACCCGAGACUGGACCCGAACCUGGACCCAAACCCGAACAGGAACCCGAAAAGUCGAAUCCGCUUAUUGUAAAACACAAACUUACGGGCCCAAUAUUGGUCUGCCGAAAGAGAAGCUCAAUUUCAGGCAACAAAGGUUCAUCUUCUGCUAACAAGCAAGAAAAUGAUAAACCCAGUCACAACCCAAAGACCAGUCCACCUGAAGAGGAAACCCAAGUGAAGAUGAGAUCGAAGGAGAAGGCGGCGACGACCGGUAUUAGGAGCAUGAGAAGUUCAACACCCAAAGGCCGCCCGACCAAUCCUUCUACACAACCUACGAGCACGAAAAAAUCCGGCGGAUCAAAUAAGCUAUCAGAAGAGGAAAAGACUAUUACGGUAGACAAGAAACGGGGCGCCGCCGACUUCCUGAAACGGAUAAAGAAGAACUCGCCGGCAAAGGAAGUGGCGGUCGAUGAAGGUCACGGUAGCAGUAGUAGAAGGGUACAGCUGAAGAGAAAAGCAGGGCCGCCACCAGCGGCGAACAGUCCGUCGAAGAAAACGGUGGGUAGACCAGUAAAGAGAGGGAGAGAAGCGGAGACGGCGGAGAAGCGUGGAAAGGAGGCAAAGGAAGACUCUUCAAAACGGCCCCUGAAACGUUCCAAAAGGUGAAACAACAAUGUGACUGUGGUUCAUUAAAAAGUUACAGUUAUUACGGAGUAUUAAAUUGACAUUCUUUUUCUUAUUCACAUUUAGUUGACAUGCUAGAAGUGCUAAAGUUAUGGCCUGGUUAGAGCUAACUGUUUUGGGAAUGUAUGUACCUCUCUUCUCUUUUACAAUUUCCUAAUGUGGUAAUUUUUUCUACACAAAAAGUGAAGAUUUAACUCUGUUCAGGCAUUGUAAAUGUCUUUUAGAUCAUGUGAAUUUAAAGAAAUUUAGUGAAUUUAAAGCCUG